AUGGAGAACAACACAACCAUCUUUCAAGAUGUCACUCGGGUUGUAAAUCUGACAGAAAUGCCUCUGAACCCUCUCGAAGAGCAGGUCAUAACAAUAUUUUUGACAUUGCUCAUCUGUGUAGUAGGGAUCGCUGGGAAUAUCAUGGUGGUGCUGGUCGUGCUGCGCACUAAACACAUGGUGACUCCGACCAACUGUUACCUCGUCAGUCUGGCCGCCGCAGACCUCAUUGUGCUCCUGGCUGCAGGGCUGCCGAAUAUCUCUGAUGUAGUAGCCUUCUGGAUAUACGGGUACACGGGGUGCUUGUGUAUAACUUACCUGCAGUACCUGGGCAUCAACGUGUCGUCCUGCUCCAUCACAGCCUUCACCAUCGAGCGGUACAUUGCUAUUUGUCACUCCAUAAAGGCACAAUUCAUAUGCACCGUUUCCCGGGCCAAGAGGAUCAUAGCUGGAGUCUGGGUGUUCACCUCACUCUACUGCAUUAUGUGGUUCUUCUUAGUGGACACAGAUGAAACCAUCUAUACCAACGGAGUGGUGGUCACUUGUGGCUACCGUGUGUCCAGGAGCCUCUACAUGCCAAUCUAUUUCCUGGACUUUACUUUGUUCUAUGUGAUCCCCCUCACUGUGGCCACCGUGCUCUACGGGCUCAUCGCAAGGAUUUUGUUCAUGAGCCCUCUGCCCUCGCAUCUGAACGACAGAGCCGGAGGAGGGUCGGUCCACCAGGGUCACUCCAGCAGCGGCAACAACGCCAACAAGGGUGCAGUCUCUGCUAGGAAACAGAUAACAAAGAUGCUAGCUGUGGUGGUCGUCCUCUUCGCCUUGCUCUGGAUGCCUUACCGAACGCUGGUGGUGGUCAACUCGUUUAUCGACCCGCCUUACCACAACACCUGGUUCCUGCUCUUCUGCCGGAUGUGCAUCUACACCAACAGUGCCAUCAACCCCAUCAUUUACAACCUCAUGUCUCAGAAGUUUCGUGUCGCGUUCAAAAAGCUCUGCAAGUGCAAGUGGCGACACGAGGAGAAGGCGCCAGAGUACAAUGUGCCGAUGUAUUACAGCGUGAUAAAGGAUUCAUCCCACGAGAGCAACGAGCUGGUCACAGAGCAAGAGGAGGUGAGCGGCCAAACCGGCAAGAGGGUCAACGAAACGGAUGACGACGCGAGCACUUUCAGUAUUUCUUAA